UUGGGAUCCAGCAAAGAUCUUGACUUUGCAAGCAAACUAUUUAGCAAAAUUAACAAGUUGCUUGAAGUAAGCUUGGAUUCCCACAAAGAUGAUAAAAUUUUUGAAGUUAAAUAUGAAGAACUACACAUGUUUUUUAUGAGAAAAAAAUUAGAAGAAAUACUUGAAACUAAUAAUGAACCUGAAUUAUCAUCUGAUGUCAAAUCAAAUUUAGAAUUAGAAGAAAUAUUUGAAAAUGGUAAUGAUUUUAUAAAAUAUUUUUCAGACAAUUCUGAAGCAGAAGCAAAAAUAGAAGAAUUAAAUAAUUCGAUGAAAAAAGCUCUUAAAUUGCUUGAACUUAAAGCACAAAAAGGAACUUUAAUAAAUCUAAU